AUGCCUGUACGUUUCAAUGUUACUCCUGUCCAAUUCGAAUAUAAUGCAUUGAUUCAAGCAUAUGGAAUACAUCAUUCACCUGACAAAGCUCAUCAACUACUUAAUCAAAUGAAAAGUAUGGGAAUAAGCCCAAACGUAUAUUCAUAUAAUACCUUGCUUAAAUGUUACAAGAAAAACAAUGAUUUUACCCAAGCAGAGCUAUUAUUAAAGGAAAUGGAAAACAACCAACUGCAGCCGGAUACAGUGACUUAUAACACCUUGCUUCAGCUUUGGCUCCAAUGCAGACGCCAUGAUAAGAUAUUUGAAUUUUACAAAGCAAAUAACAAGAAUCAACAUAUUCGACCCGAUGUAUAUACUCUUUCUAUUGUAUUAGAAGCCGCGAUACAAUCUAGACAUACUGUCAUUGGCGAUCAAGUGUUUCAACAGCUUUUUGAAAGGGAGGAUCUUGAUACAGCAGCAAUGAAUGUCAUGUUACGGUAUAAAGCAGGCAGUCUGGACGAUAUGCUCACAUUAUACAAUGAUUUACAAAACCGAUGUCGAGCAGAUCGUAUAACAUUCAAUAUUCUACUAGAUGCUAGUCUUAAACAAGGUAAUCCGUCAGAGACAAUGGCGAUAUUGUCCCAGAUGAAAAGGGCAAAGAUUGACCCUGACAUUGUCACUUAUGGAACAUGGAUGAACCAUUAUUUUCGAACGGGUGAUUUAAAAAGUGCGCUUGAUUUAUUCGAUGAAAUGCAAAGGGCAGAGAUUAAACCGACACCGCGUGUAUUAAACAGUCUUGUGAAUACUGCUUCUUCCAAAAUGGCCUCAUUGGACCAUCUGGAUCAGUUAAUUAAUUUGAUUAGGCCAUUUGAGGAUAAACUAGAUGUAAAGGCAUAUAACUCACUUAUGGGCGGAUUAGCUCGGCAUGGAAGAUCAGCACAGGUUCAAGGGAUAUACGAUAAAGUGUUUAGAGACAACAAUUUACAGCCGGAUAUUGCCACAUUCACGCAUCUGAUACUUGCUUAUAUUAAUGAUGACUUAUUAGAGGAUGCUAUGGAAAUAUAUUACGCCUUACGAGAACACCAUAAGAAAUGCAGAGAUAAUCCAAAACGAAAAACUAAAGUCUUUGUUCAACUGGAUGCUACAUUUUAUUCAAUAUUAAUAUCUUCCUUGUCUUCGUUCAAGGAAAACGAGAAAAGAGUGUCUCAAAGAUUGGUAGCAGCUUUGAAAUUGUUUAAUGAUAUGCGACCACUACAAAUCCAACCAUCUACUCAUAUCUACACGGCAAUGCUUCAUGCAUGUGGACAGAACAGAGAUGAGUAUGUGCUAGAGCAUGUCUACCAACUUAUCAAGGUUGAUCUCUACUUGGACCCUGAUAUUGGGAUGUACAAUGCACUCAUGGACGCCUAUAAUCGCAUUGGUGAUGGCAGGACC